AUGGCGGUGGUGCCGCAGUUCAAUCUCGCCGUUGACUUGCCGAUUUCCAAACUAUGUCUAGGGACGAUGACUUUCGGGGAGCAAAACACGUUAACCCAAUCUUUUCAAUUGCUGGACAAAGCUUUUGAUGCUGGAAUCAAUUUCUUCGACUCCGCCGAAAUGUAUCCAGUGCCCCAGCGGGAGCAAACUCAGGGCAAGAGUGAGGAGUUUUUGGGCCUUUGGAUGAAAGAGAGGAGAAUCCCUCGGGACCGCGUUGUUUUUGCUACAAAGGUCAGUGGACCUUCUGGGCAGAUGAGUUGGAUUCGAGAUGGACCGGAAAGUUUGAAUGCUUGGAAUAUCUCGGAAGCAAUUGACAAUAGUUUGUUGCGGCUACAAACAGAUUACAUUGAUCUGUAUCAAAUUCAUUGGCCCGAUCGUUAUGUACCCAUGUUUGGAGAGACUCAGUAUGACCCUGAUCGUUAUAUUCCUUUUGUAAGUUUUGAUGAACAACUUGAUGCCUUAGGCAGAGCUGUUGAGGCAGGUAAGAUCAGAUACACUGGGCUAAGUAAUGAAACUCCAUAUGGGUUGAUGAAAUUCCUUGAAGUUGCACAAAAUGAACCUCAUUAUCCAAGGAUGAUAUCCAUUCAGAACGCAUACAACUUGCUGUGCCGAAGUUUUGAUUUUGGGAUGGCUGAAUGUUGUCAUCAUGAGAGAGUCAGUUUGUUGGCAUACAGUCCUCUGGCGAUGGGCAUUCUUUCUGGAAAGUAUUUCUCGCAUGGCAGGGGUCCAACUGAUGCUCGCUUGAAUCUUUUCAGAGGAAGAUAUGUUGAAGGAGAGUCAAGAUACAACCUGUCAAGAACCAAUGUACGGAAGGCCACAGAAGAAUAUCUUGAAAUUGCUGCAAAAUAUGAUAUCCACCCAGUGUCUCUGGCAAUUGCCUUUGUUAUGAGACACCCUCUUGUUGGGAGUACCGUAUUCGGAGCAACAAAGUUGUGGCAACUUCAAGAAGUCCUUGAUGCCUGCACGGUCAGUCUGAGUCCUGAGAUCAUUACGGACAUUGACAAGCUUUUUGGCCAUUUUGGGCUUCGGUUGUUGAUGGGUUCGAAGCCAUGGCUGUAUCCAGCUCCGGCCUAUCGUCCCUUCGAUACUUUCUGGGGCUCCGACGACGAUGCCCCUGGCCCACGCUGUGGUCACACUCUUACAGCUGUUGCCGCCACUAAAACUCAUGGUCCCCGCCUCAUCCUCUUCGGCGGCGCCACCGCCAUCGAGGGCGGCAAUGGUGGUGCUCCUGGCAUCCGUUUAGCUGGUGUUACGAAUUCCGUUCAUUCAUAUGAUGUUCUCACUAGGAAAUGGACCAGACUACGGCCAGCUGGUGAGCCACCUUCUCCAAGGGCUGCCCAUGCGGCCGCCGCAGUGGGUACUAUGGUAGUGUUUCAGGGUGGGAUAGGUCCUGCGGGGCACUCGACUGAUGACUUGUAUGUUCUGGACUUAACUAAUGAUAAAUUCAAAUGGCACAGAGUUGUAGUUCAAGGACAGGGUCCUGGGCCGCGAUAUGGGCAUGUAAUGGAUUUGGUUGCGCAAAGAUACCUUGUAACUGUUACCGGCAAUGAUGGGAAAAGAGUGUUGUCUGAUGCCUGGGCUUUGGACACUGCUCAAAAGCCGUAUGUAUGGCAAAGGCUUAAUCCUGAAGGUGAUCGGCCAUCUGCUAGAAUGUAUGCAACUGCUAGUGCUCGGUCAGAUGGCAUGUUUUUGCUUUGUGGUGGAAGAGAUUCUUCUGGAACGCCUCUGGGAGAUGCUUAUGGAUUACUUAUGCAUAGAAAUGGCCAGUGGGAAUGGACUCUUGCACCUGGAGUUUCACCUUCACCAAGGUAUCAACAUGCGGCGGUCUUUGUUGGUGCUAGAUUGCAUGUGACUGGAGGUGUUCUUCGAGGUGGACGAGCAGUUGAAGGUGAAGCAGCUGUUGCAGUGUUGGAUACGGCUGCUGGUGUUUGGUUAGAUAGGAAUGGGUUAGUUACUUCUCCACGGGGUGGCAAGGUACAUGCAGAGCAUGAUCCUUCAUUGGAGCUGAUGCGACGCUGUCGUCAUGCAGCUGCAUCUGUUGGUGUUCGUAUCUAUGUUUAUGGUGGUCUUAGAGGAGAUAUUUUGUUGGAUGAUUUUCUAGUUGCAGAAAAUUCUCCAUCACAGUCUGAUAUGAAUUCCCCUAUUUCCACUCCUGAAAAGAAUUCACGAAGUACUAGCCCAAGAUCCCCACAAUCACCCGGAUCACCUACAAAUGGAGAAAAUGAAGUUGCCUCGUUUGGCACUUUGAGGUUUCAUUCUGGUCCCAACUCUAUGGACAGAGAUUCGAUGGAAAAAUUAGCAGAGGCGUCUGCUGCCGAAGCAGAGGCUGCCAGUGCUGUCUGGCAAAAUGUUCAGACAGGAGCCUCUACUCCUGAAGAAACAUCGGUAUCAGAUGAUAACUCUCAAGUCGCAGAUACUACGUCAGAGGGAAGUGACAAUGAAGUUGAUGUUCGGCUUCACCCCAGAGCUGUUGUAGUGGCAAAAGAGACUGUAGGGAACCUGGGGGGAAUGGUCAGGCAGUUGUCACUGGAUCAAUUUGAGAAUGAGAGUAGAAGAAUGAUUACACCACAGAACGAGUUAUCAAAUCCAACCAAAAAAUUUAUGCGGCAGAAGUCUCCUCAAGGAUUGCAUAAGAAGAUAAUAUCAACCCUGCUUCGUGCCCGGAACUGGAAAGCUCCCCUUAAUCGAAAGUUCUUUCUUGAUUCUUAUGAAGUUGGUGAACUUUGUUAUGCUGCUGAGCAGAUAUUCAUGCAGGAGCCGACAGUUCUCCAACUGAAAGCUCCUGUCAAAGUCUUUGGUGAUCUUCAUGGCCAGUUUGGUGAUUUGAUGCGUCUCUUUGAUGAAUAUGGAUUUCCUUCUACUGCAGGAGAUAUUACUUAUAUUGAUUACCUUUUCCUGGGAGAUUAUGUUGAUAGAGGGCAGCACAGCUUGGAAACCAUCACCUUAUUACUAGCACUGAAGGCAAGCUUCCAUAUUGAAUAUCCGGAGAAUGUUCACUUGAUACGUGGGAAUCAUGAGGCUGCUGACAUUAAUGCACUUUUUGGUUUUCGCAUUGAAUGCAUUGAGAGAAUGGGAGAGAGUGAUGGAAUAUGGGCUUGGACUCGGUUCAAUCAACUAUUUAACUAUCUUCCGCUGGCCGCUUUGAUAGAGAAGAAAAUUAUCUGCAUGCAUGGAGGAAUAGGGAGGUCAAUACAUUCGGUGGAACAGAUUGAGAAGAUAGAGAGGCCUAUAACAAUGGAUGCUGGAUCUUUAGUCCUAAUGGAUUUGCUAUGGUCUGAUCCAACAGAAAAUGAUAGCGUGGAGGGCCUUAGACCAAAUGCAAGAGGGCCUGGACUUGUUACUUUUGGGCCUGAUCGAGUAACAGACUUCUGUAAGAAGAACAAACUGCAGCUUAUCAUAAGAGCUCAUGAAUGUGUGAUGGAUGGGUUUGAACGUUUUGCCCAGGGGCAGUUGAUUACCCUUUUCUCUGCCACUAAUUACUGUGGAACGGCCAACAAUGCGGGGGCUAUUCUGGUGGUGGGCAGAGGGUUAGUCAUUGUUCCUAAACUGAUCCAUCCAUUGCCGCCUCCACUUCAAUCUCCAGAGACAUCUCCUGAACGCAUGCCUGACGAAACCUGGAUGCAGGAACUCAACAUCCAAAGGCCACCAACUCCUACCAGAGGAAGGCCUCAACCUGAUCAUGAUCGAAGUUCACUUGCCUACAUUUGA